CUUCCUGGCCAGGCUGAGGCUCCUACUGCUAGGAUAGGGACCCAGGCUGGUCAUGGCCUCUGCCCUGAGUCCACCGCGGGGCCCCAAGCUCAAAGGUGCUCCACCUUCGCACUACUACGAGAGCUUCCUAGAGAAAAAGGGACCCUGUGACCAGGAUUACAGGAAGUUCUGGGCAGGCCUCCAGGGUUUAGCCAUCUGUUUCUACAAUGGCAAUCGGGACUUGCAGCCCCUGGAGAGGCUGGACCUGAGGCUGUUUUCAAAGCUCAAAGAGGAGACUCUGCUGGGAAGCUCACGUGACACUGCCUAUCACUUCAGCCUGGUUCUCCGGGACCAGGAGGUUAAAUUCAAGGUGGAGAGCCUGGAAUCUUGUGAGAUGUGGAAAGGAUUUAUCUUGACUGUGGUGGAGCUCCGUGUCCCAUCUAACCUGACCCUGCUGCCUGGACACCUGUACAUGAUGGCUGAGGUCCUGGCCAAAGAGGAGGUACGGAGGGCAGCCGAGGUGCCCUGGUGCUUUCUGCAGGUGAGCAGGCUAGAGGCGCAGCUGCUCCUGGAGCGCUACCCGGAGUGCGGGAACCUGCUUCUGCGGCCUGGAGGCGAUGGCAAGGACAGUGUGUCUGUCACUACCCGGCAGAUACUCAAUGGGUCACCCGUGGUCAAACACUACAAGGUGAAGCGGGAAGGUCCUAACUAUGUGAUCGACGUGGAAGACCCGUUUCCCUGCCCCUCACUGGAAGCUGUGGUCAACUAUUUUGUGACGCACACCAAGAGGGCGCUGAUCCCUUUCGUGUUGGAUGAGGACUAUGAGAAGGUUCUAGGCUUCGUGGAUUCGGAUCGGGAGAACGGCGAGAGUGCAUGGGCUGUGCCCUCCUCCCGAGGCUCAGGCCAUGCCCUCCCUGCUAAUGUCCCAAAGCCACUCCCACCUGUACCUGUACCUGUGUCCAGCCAGGAAGACAAGUUGCCUCCCCUGCCUCAGUUACCAGACCAGGAUGAGAACUAUGUGACUCCCAUUGAAGACUCCCCAGCAGCUGAAUACAUGAAUCAGGAUGUGUCUCUCUCCAGUCAGGCAGUCCCCCUGAAGCUCAAGAAGCCAGCAAGGCUCCCAGCCAAACCCCCAAAGCCAGCAGUUUUGCCUAAGCCAGAUCUCAAAGCCAUUAACAGCAUCUGGACCAGGAAGCUAGGCGGAAGCUCACCCCAGGCUCCCUCCCUUGUGACAAGACUUGGGGAUAUCACUGCUGAGCUGGAAGAGAAACUACAGAAGAGGAGGGCACUGGAACACUGAUCCAGUCUCCCAGGGACCAGUGGACUAUCUCUGGGCACAAUAGUCUGCCACCAGCUCUGUCCUCACCCAGGGGACAGGACACAGCCAGCUUGUUGCAAAAUGUUCUCCCAAAAGUAAAUUCCCCCUGGGAAUUUUGGGACUACCCUGAACUGUAUAGCGAGUUCCACGGUAGCCUGGGCUACAGAGUGAGACCUUGUGUAAUAAAGCCAAAACCCAAACC